CUCCAAGUGACGUAUUGGCAAACCACGACCGUCUGAUCGGCACUGGCGUAAGUGUAUUCAUGCAUGAACGAACUUUGGAAGAAACCGCCGAUUUAGUUAUAUAUUCUUCGGUAUUUUUAUUCAUCUCUUAAACUUUUAUUUCUAUUAAUUUCCGCUUCCAUUUGAGUGCUCAACAUGGAUGGAAAGAUUUUGAGUGCCAUAAUCAACAGCAAAGGCUCUUUAAACAAGCCAGGACCAGUUAAUCAAAAUCAACCAGAGGAUGUUGUUGAUUAUCCAGUGUUAUCUGUUGAUAUGAUUGAAAGAAUUUCAGAUUCCUACACAAGAAUCUUGUUGUAUAAAAUUUCUAAGGAAGCACAUCAACGUUACUCUGUUAGACUAAAUGCUAUAGAGAGUUUGAGGGAUUUUAGUAGAAUUAAAGGAAAUUUUGGAAAUUUACCAAUUUUUGGAGAUUCUGAAAAGUCAUACUGUUUACUAUUGUACAUUUUGAAAAAAUAUAUGACGGAAGAAGUUUUAAAGUCUUGUAAUAAUAUUGAUAGUCUUAUCCUAGCAGCAGAAUUAUUGCAAAACUGUCUGACCAAAAGUAAAUUAAUGAUAAAUUGUUUUGAAAGAGUUAUUGAAAGGAUAAUAAAAUUGGAUCAGACUAAUAAAAGUAAAAGGUAUCUACAAGAACUCAUAAGCAAAAGUGAUGAAUUAAAAAUAGAUACAAGUCUCGUUGAAAAAAUUUAUGAAAGUCAGAAAUCUUGGCUCAUCUAUCAACCAAUGACAGAGUAUUUCAAUAAAUUUUGUUCUUCUAAAGAUAAAAAUCAAUUUGGCUCAGAUAUGGUUACACUGUUUGAAAAAAUUAUUGAUAAUCCAUCACUUUUUGAAUUAGUAAUACUUCAAUUGAAGGAUAUAUUUGUUGAAACAGAAUAUUCACAAGCUGCUCAAGAUUUUAUACAAGAAAUUCUAAAAAUCAUUCAGGCACAUUGCACCAAGUAUCAUAAAGACACCUUGGAUCUUUAUCCAGCUCACAUACAACACUGUGUGAUCCUGUUGAGAAUAAAACCCACAUAUCACUCUGAAAAGACAAAAAAUCAAACUAUAUCAUCGUUGAAGGAGAUUUUCUUGAAGAGCCAAUCAAAUGCCCUGAUUUUGGUAUCUCACUUUCCAGACUGGUUGCCAGAGUACCAAAAGUUCUUUGAUAUUCUCGACAAACUGACGCAAUCCAAAAAGAGCGAAAGCUGUGAUGAACCCAUAAAUCAAGACUAAUUUUACUGUAAGUUAUUUUGUAUGUUUUGUAAAAGAACGUGUUUGUACAAUAAAUUAUUUUCUAUGAAAGCUCGUGUUUAUUUAUCGAUAAGCAAAACAAAAGUAAUAAAAGUAAGAUCUACCAAGAAAUGUCAACUUUAUUAGAAUUUAAUUAUUUUAUUGAUAUUUUUAAAUUGUAUGUCAGAUGCUGUUAGAAAAUGAUUUGCUUUAACGAUUCGCGCAGUUACAUAAUUGUCGUAACUUUGUGAAACUGAACAAGUGUUAAAACGGAAACAUAUACUUGGUUUUGGUUAGUGAGAAAACGACAUUUGCAAACUCUUUUUCUCUUUCUUUUUCUCACUUUCUCUCUCUCUCUCUCUCUCGCUCUCUCUCUCUCUCUCUCUCUCUCUCUCUCUCUCUCUCUCUCGCUCUCGUUUUUCGAGAAAAAAGCGAGAAAAAUCGCUGCGUCAAGCUUUGACUGUUCUUAUCUCCAAAUUGGCAGACGACCGAUUAUCGACGUUAUUAAUAGCGGCGGCUUUCGCUGCGGAAGCGCAAGUGGACAUCUUGAGUGAUGCUGGCACAUCUUCGGGACGAGACUUU